AUGCGAGGAUGUGUGGUUAGCCAGCAGGAGGUGGAAAGCUUCAUUGGGAGGCGUUUAACAACAGUGGGUGCCAAACCCCAUCAUGCUAGCAGCCUAGCUGAGGUGCUGGUGACAGCUGACUGCAGGGGGCACUAUAGUCAUGGACUCAACAGGAUGGACAUGUACCUAAAGGACAUACAGACAAGAGUCUGUGCAGUCGAAGGUGAGCCAGUGGUGGAGAAGGAAAGUGCAGCCACAGUGCUGGUGGAUGAGAAAAACCUCUUGGGCCCAGUCGUGGGAAACUUCUGCAUGAAUCUGGCAAUUAGAAAGGCCAAAGAGGUUGGGAUUGGCUGGGUGGUGGCACAUGGUGGGUCACAUAUCUUCUCUGAUUUCUAUAGGAGUAGACUUUCCUCUGUGGAACUGAAUGAGCAGUGAGGGGACCCCAUUCCUGAUAGCUGGGGCUGUGACCCACAGGGACAUUUAAUGACGGACCCAAAAAGUGUUCUGACCGGAGGAAGAUUGGUCCCCAUCGGUGGUAGUGAAGCCACUGGUGGCUACAAAGGUUAUGGUCUUGGAAUGAUGGUGGAGGUCUUCUGUGGGAUCUUGGCUGGUGCCCAAUACAGCAAAUAUGUCCGCACAUGGAAAGUUACUGACCGUGUUGCCAACCUGGGCCUGUGUUUUGUUGCAAUCAACCCAGAAAACUUUGCUCCAAGGUUUAAUGAGAGGAUGUCAGACCUGCUGUCCAUCCAGAGAGACCAUGACCCCGCUGAUCCGGGCUCGCCUGUUUUGGCUCCUGGAGAUCCAGAAAGGAUGAAUACGAAGAAGUGUGAGGAGAUGGGUGGAACACCCUACCAUAUCAAUGUCAUCAAGUACAUUAACGAUUAUGCAAAGAAAAUUGUCAGCCAGCUGCUGCCAUGUGACAAGAUCGUCUCCAUUUAG